GUAAUACGCCAGUUUUAAGAUCUGGAACAAUGCAAGGUUAAUGUAGAACAAGUAACUCUUCACACUUGUGCGGGUCAGUUUUAAAGCAAAUGCGAUGUUUUACUAACGUAAAAAAGGAACUUAUAUUCAUAAAAGUGACCAAUCUGUUAAAUUUGUGAUAGUUUUGAUUCGAAUCUUUGGCCGAAAACGUUAUUUACUGAAAAUACGUACUGCAAUGUGAGUACAUAUAACGAGCCGUCAAAUAAGUACCAUCGAUUGAGCAGUCGAAGUUCUAGUCCAGGGACGCUCUUUUCAAGGUGACGUGUCAGUAAACGAUAACCGCGGCUGGUAAACAAGCCUGGACGCCGGGCCGCACGGUCGCGAUCCACUCCAUGAGAAAACAAAAAAAAAAAAGAAGACGACCAACUACCUAUAUGACACCUACUUAUCAACCAACACCACAUCUCCGACGUUUCCGUAGGAAACUCUUGUUAAAAACAAGAGCAACGGUACCAGCGAGUAAGUCAACGCAGCGGCUCCGAGAAUUGGUACGGAAAGGAGGACUCUCGACGUCUUUUGAAUAGUAAUAUAAAGUACUUAUUACUGACGUUCGUGUUUGUUUGCCUUGUCAAGUUGUUGCAGUGGACACUGUGCCGGUGCUGGAAGAAAACUUUUCCGCAUUCUCGUUCGGUGCUUCAUUUCUGUCACCGGUGGACGACUGUACGUACGCACGCCGAACUAUGAAAAGCGCGCUCGGUUUACUAACUAUCGGACUCCUGGUGCAUCUUUGCAAACACUGCCUUGCCCAGGAACCAUCCGGAGGAUAUUACAGGACUAGAUAUGACCAUAUCAAUGUCGAUACGGUGAUGAAUUCGAAAAGGCUAGUAAAUUAUUAUGGGGCGUGUCUUUUGUCGAGGGGGCCUUGUCCACCCCAGGGAGCCGAAUUGAAACGUGUUUUGCCGGAAGCCCUUCAAACCAACUGCGCUCGAUGCACCGAAAAGCAGAAGGCGGGAGCAUAUCGAACGAUAAAGCGCCUGCGCAAGGAAUAUCCCGGGAUAUGGAAAGCGUUAUUGGAAGAGUACGACCCCACGGAGAAGUACGUCCGUCGAUUCGAAGAGACAAUUUUGUCGAAAAAAUCCUAUCUACCAUCACCACCCGCAUCAUUCACGACUUCUAAAGUGGAUACUAUCGCGCCACCGAGUCAAAUUCCUCAGCUCUUAAAUAAAUUUCCCGUAAUAGAUAGCUUAUCGACCACAUCAACACUUUCCACACACUAUGCUUCAUUUAGCACAAGUGACACUAGCUCUGCUUCUACCACAGCUUCUAGCACUACGCACACUACUAAGCCUUCCCCGACCACCACAACCACUACAACCACCACCAGAUAUACAACUAGCACUACUAAAAAGACUGAAACGAAAAAACCAACAACGACAAAAACAACCACUAAUAUUCUAGAGCCUCUUCCCAUAUUCAUUCCCGCUAUGUUUCCUGAUCCGCCUAAUAAAGGGGUUACUACUAACACGGAAACAGAGUCAUUCAAACUGGGUCAAGAAUUGGGAAAGCUGUCGUUUCAACUGUGCAAGCUGUUGUUGGGCGGUAAUUCCGAGUUUUGCCGUGGAAAACAUAACAUUGAAAUGAAGCCCGUAUCAACGCGAAAUUAUUAAUUCUUAUAAACGCGUUAGGAACGAAAAACAAUUAAAUUAACAAUUAAUUUUAUCUACGUAUAAAAUUUUCGAACACUCAAAGCGCUGGUUCAAGAGUAAAUAGACAAACAAAUUAAUAUCUUAAUUUAUUUUCGGCAAGUUAAAGCCUUUAGUGGCAAUUUUUUACGAGAUGUCUCUCAAACGUAUUUGCCCCAUCGUCUAAAAUAAACUUUAUAAAGUUUGGAUUUGAAUAUACUUAGUCCCUUUUUACGGCGAGACGAUGCUAGAAACAUUAUUUGCAUUUUAAUAUUCUAAUUCAAUUAUAUAAGUAAUUGAAAAUUAACAGAUUUGAAAGAUAAUAUAUAUACAUGUGAUAAAAAUCUAAAGCAUAAAGAUUGCUAGGUAUAAGAACUAAGAUAAUUAUUGUGCCAAAUCUGACAACAAUCUGUUGUGGCUUCGUGAAAAUUAAUUCCUCAGUAUACCAUAAAAUAGUUCAAGAGGACCAUAAUAGGGAAGAAAAUUAUCACAACUAAUUCUAGACGGUCAUUAGGCUGCAUAAAAUUUCCUUUUUUUAAUUGUAGUAUUUAUUUUAUUUUACUGCUGAAUAAUAAAUGUGAAAUGGGAAAAAAUUGUUAUGUUCAGUUCUGCAAAAAUGAACCAUUUUGUAAAAAAGAUGAUAAAAAAUUAAAUUAUCUAUGUAAAAUAUCAAUAGUGCAAAGUAAAAAGAUUAAGCAGCGACAAAAAGAUUGGGUUGAUCCACCAAAAAUUCAAUAAAAGCUUCAACAAAUGUACCUAUCAAGAAUACUGAACAUAGCUCUUUACAAUUAAUCAAAACAACAGUCAAGGCAAGUUUCUUUAAUACGUUUGUUGAAGUUCUUUCUUUUUUUUGAGUAUUUACAAAAACAUUUAGUGGAUACUAUAUUUGAAAGUAUUUUAUUGUAUUAUUGUGAGUGCAUAAUUCAAAUACGUUAUCUGUUUCGAAUUUUAAUAGAGGAUCUAAAAAACUAUUUAAAUAUU